AUGCGUCAUCUCUUCAGUCUCUUCGCGUGGGUAUAUAUCGGGUUACACUCAAAUGCUUCGGGUGCACUCAGUCAUGAGCUAUCCACUAAAUCUACUGAGUACACGAACACCUCCAUCCUACAUCCAGCUUUUAAUCGCAAUGUUACAUUCACUGAAAAGAGUCAGGAAGAGCGAACUUGGAUGGGUAUUCAUGUUGAUACGAAGGCUUCAGAGUCUAAUCUAUUGACAAGGUUUUACCACAAGAUAUCGGAGAUAAUCAACAAGCUCGCGUACAAGUGGGCUUGGUGGCGUUCAAACCCAACUAAAGCCUUUGAACUUUUACCAGUUGUCAAAAAUGGAGGAGUCCUUAAACACAACAAGGAAUUUCAUGAUUGGCUUAACCGCGUGGUGCACCUUAGAAGUCGAGGCAUUCGAUAUGACGAUGGAGAGGUCAUUAAACUGCUUAAAACGAAACAAUCAGAUGCUGAACUAGUGGAGUUGUGUACGUGGAUUCGAACCCUUCCAGGCAUGACGAAUUUUGCAGACCGGAUACUGAUAGACAUGGCAUCAAAACCCACGACAGCCCGAGUAACAAAUGAAAUUCCAAAGUCUGACAAUCAUCCUGAUUGGCUUGCGCAAGUCAUUGAUCGCAGACAGCAAGGUGAAGGUAUGACUGACGAUGAGCUUGUCCAAUUUUUAAAGGCAAAGCACACAGAUAAGCAACUUGUGGAACUUUAUUCUCGGCUUCGAUAUGUUCCCGGUUUUGAAAGUGUGGGAGAGAAAAUGCUACUGGAUCUGACUUCAAAUCCCAUCAAACAGACAGUAGCGAACAAAAACCGGCUCAAUGAUCAAGAGAGUCCGUGGUCAAUGUUUGAGAACAGACCUGAACAAUUCAAAAUUGAUGAUAAUCCAGAAUUCAAGCAAUGGUUUGUAUAUGCCAACUCGUACAGAUAUCAGACUGAAGACAAUAUUGAGAGAGAAGCGUUUGUGCAAAGGGUAUACGAUCUUUUGAUGAACACAAAUACGAUAAAAGAGUUAGAGAUGGCGAAUGUAAUGCAAUCUCUUCGACAGUCGGGCGACACAAAAACACUUGCAGAAGAUAUGCUGGCGUAUAUGGCAUCUAAUCGUGCCAUCAGCAAUCGAGUUUUUCAAGCGUGGGAGAAGCUUAAGCAAGACCCCAUGGAGUUCUGGGUCCUCUUGCCGCCAAUGUAUGACGGCGUAAACAAUAUUUUUGCUUCAUGGUCAAACAUUUACACAAAAUCUCGACGAUAUUUCGUCAACGAUUUUCCCGAGCUGCUUAAGUCAAUGCUGCAUCAAAAGAUCGAUGGAGAUGAUAAAAUGGACACCAUUGCGCUUAUUAAAUGGCUUCAAUCAAUUCAAAAUCUCAAAUCAACUGAGUUUUUGUUGGGAUCCGCUUUCUCAGCACUUCAUACACAGCCAAUUGUGAUUGAACAUUGGGUGAACCUUCGGAUAUCUCCUGAACAAGUUUGUGAUUGGGUGGGUCUUGGAAAGAAUACGGAUCACAAUCGCAUCUUCUUUCAUCAUAUACUACAAUACGUCAAUGCGUUCAAGAAAGACAAUCCAUAUACUAACGAAGCAUUGUAUGAUUUGCUGGUUAAAAGGUACAAGAUUCUAGAAAGUGAAGUUCUAAGAAGAAUUGAGCCGAUUGCGAAAAGUGAUACGUUUUCUGAAAAGGACAUUGCAAAACAAUUACAAGCCUUCAUCCAGCUAAAGAAUCAAGAAACGAGCAAGCAUUGGUGGCAAUGA